UUUAUCUACUCGAAUCAUAGCAUAGGCAUUGCAUUCUUAUGAUUCUGAAGUACAUUUGGGCAUAAUUCUUAAAUCCUCCUAUCUUGAUUAGAGGGAGCGGUGGAACAAUUCGGAACUCCAUAAACAUUCCCCCAUUUCAGUACCAAGCGCCCUCAUCCUUCGCCCUCUAGAGUCUAAAUGACGUACCGACCGGUCGUAUGCGAUCUCCCAUUCUUAGACCCAUUUUUAUAUUCAUCGCAGAUUCGCAGACCACUUAACUUUAAUAAUUACUUGAAUUUGAUCAAUUGGUGGCUCGAGGGUGGGUUAGCUAGCUCCAUCACCAGAACUUGGUUCUUCCGUUAAACUGCGCCAAAAGGACGAGAACGGCAGAAGAAUAAGGCCAGUUCGAGAAGUUCGCUAUCUACCCUUCUUUAGCACUUUGUCGUGCCGCAGUCCCUGAAUUAAUGAUUCAUCUUUUAACAUCAAAAAGGCCGAGAGAAGGAGAACUUUUGGGAGUAUUUUCAAUCUCGAGUUCCUUUGUUUACAAAAGAUAAGCAAAAAUGCAAUCGCGCCGGCAAUCCGCGAACGAGGAUCCAAACUUUUUAACAACAACCGGAACAGAAUUGCCAACGAUAUCAAUACCCGGAAUACCUGAAAACCACUCGAGAAGUAACAGCAGAAGAGGAAGUAUUGGUCCAUCUACAGCACGUACAUCGGCGAAUUCACUUGCACAACAGAACACUCCGAAUACCCAGGCAACGAACGAUAGUCCACAACUGCAAAGACCUCCACCAGCAAUAUGGCGACCAAGUAUUCGAAUUAGACGAUUAUCAUCAACAAACAAUCUUCGUGGUGGGAAUUCGCAGAGCAACCUACCUUAUGAUUACACAUCCCGGAGAGAUUGGCAGAUCAAUAAUAGUUCGACUCCACAUAUCGACAACCAUCUACCUUCCGCCAGCAAUACCAUUGAUACAUCAAACAGGCGUCGGAGUAGUUCUGAGCCACAACGUCCAGCAUGGUUAAGUACUCAAUCAGCCACGAAUGCUGGUCCGCCACGAGUGAGGGCGGGUUCAUAUAUCCCGAAUAUCAUUGAAGAGGCACCUGCUACAAGACAGGAGGGUCCGAUUCUCCACCCAACCCGUCCAGGUGAAAAUAGAACGGUCAAUGAGGCUCCUGGUCCUUUACUCCAUUCUCAUACAGUCAGUGAUGCAGUACCAACUACUCAUAGCGAAUACGACACUGAUCUUGUUGAUUUCCUUGACCUUGUUGGUUCGUAUCUCUCAAACUUCGCCAAUGAAUAUCUCUAACCUUUUCCAGAUCCCGAAAUUUCUACCUUGACCAGUCUUACCAAUAUUCAGAACUCUUUAUUCAUUCCAUCACUUGGGAAGUUAUUGAAUCGUAAUCCAACAUAUAAUCUUUCCCGAAACGACCUUGCCCGUCGUCCAACAAAUGAUCUUUCACGUCGUCCAACAAACUUGGCUGAACAUCCAAUAGUUGAAGAGCCGGAGAUAAAUAACGAAUCAAGGCAAACACUCCCUCGACCAGAAAGGCCUGGACUUCAAAGUAGAGAUACUGGAGCUUUUACUCUCACUGAAUCCAUAUCACAUCCAGAUGAUGAAACCCCACAUUAUGCAGUAGUUCCGGAAGGCAUUAAUCUGGAUGGAUGGUCACCAGAGGAUAAAAAAGAACUGAAUGAUCAUGUACGACAUUUGUUACAUUCAAGGAGGGAGGGAUUUAAGCGAGCAAUGAAAGGAUUUGGACAAUAUGUUAGACAGCGUAUGUCUCUUCAUCUUCCAACUAUUUAUGAUAUACAUUAGACUAACAUUUACAGCUCUUGGAUUUUUCGUUACCAUAUAUGCAAUUCUUAUUACUUUAUUUGGAUUAGCAUGGGUUCUUUUCUUAAUUGGUUGGGUUAACCUUGGAAGUAAACGUCUUUACGUGAUAAACGUUAUUGACAAUGUUCUCGUCGCCCUUUUUGCUAUUAUGGGUGAUGGACUUGCUCCAUUUCGAGCUAUUGACACUUACCAUAUGAUAUAUAUAGCUCAUUAUCAUCAUUUAACGUGGCGACUCCGAAAAGAAAAGGCUCUACCAAAAUUAGAAGAUCAUAAUGACCUACCAGCCAUAUUACCCGAAGAUCUAGAAGAUCAAAUUGUCGAAGAUGAGGUAUCAGUCCUCAACCCAGCUCAACAAAAAAAACUUCAACAUCAUCAAAAGAAAUUCAAUCGAUCUCAUACGUUUUAUAAACCUCACGAAACUGCAACCCAUCACGCAUUCCCUCUUCGAUUACUUGUCGCUGUUGUCGUUCUUUUGGAUUGUCAUUCUCUUCUUCAAAUAGCUCUUGGUACAUGUACUUGGGCAAUCAGUUAUAAGACUCGACCAUUUGCAUUAACAACGGUCAUUCUAUGCUGUAGUAUUACAGUGAAUAUUACAGCUGGUGUACUUAUUAGUGUUGGAGAUCAUAGGACUAGGAAGAAGGAUGUUCUGGAGAAGAUGUUUAAGCAGGAUUUGACCAAGGAAGCUAUACAUAAGAUGGAGAAGAAGAAAGAGAAGGAGAAUGAAAGAAAUGAAGAACUGGAGGGGGAGAAUAAUUCGGAGGUGAACAUUUUAAGGGAGAACAGAAAAUCCAUCAAUGUUAAGGAGCCGGGAAUUGAGAAUGAGGAUACAAACAGACAGUGAAACUACAACUACGACUGAAGCUUAUAGUUUGAAAUAUCUAUGAAGCAUAAUGGGAAGGAAAUGAUGAGAUUUAUUGUUUUGAGUUCUAAUUGGAUAUUCGAGGUGAGAUUUGGGAUAUGAACCUGGCAAUUGUAUGAUCAUGGGUGUAUGUGUGGAGGAAAAAAUGUGUUUUUUUAUAUAAUAGAUACCUACCAGGGGCUGGCUCUACACUGCCCUUUACCAUUCUUCUAAUUACUUCUU